AGUGGUUGCUCAAUCUUUCCAUGGAAGUUAUGCAAAAGUCCUUUUCUGAUGAUGAGCUACAGGUGGUUAGUAAGGUGGAGGUCAGCUGAAACCUCAAGCUUCCUUUCUGUUCUGUCUUCGCUACACAUUUCUAUGUGCACACUGCAACACACAAAGUUAAAACACUGAGCACUAAACUGUGAGAAAAGGCUCGCUAAAGUUUGUGAAGACAUACAAUGCAGCAGAGCAACCACAUAGGCGAUGAAAGUGUUGGCUUGUGUAAGUUUAUGCUAAGUAAUAUGCAGUCUUCUGCGCAGGCGUGGGAGGGACCAGUGGGUGGUGAGUGACAGCUGAAGUUUGGCCCUUUACAGACAUGCUCAGACAAAAGUAGACACCUUCUUUCAUGCAGACGUGAUAGAUGCACACACAGCUCGUCUCACAGUAGGUAGGACCUGCACCAUGAGCUAUGACCAGAGCUACCCCUUCCCCCAGGUGUUCCUCGUGGAUGAGAGUGGACGUUCUCAGCACUCUGCCCAGCCUCCGGGUCUCAUCCCCUGCUGGUCCUUCCCUCCCGCCCAGCAGAGGCUGAGGAGCCGUGAGAAGAGCGAGGGCUGCAUGGGAAUUCGCCCCGGUGUGGCCUUGAUCGUGCUCCUGCUGUUCCUGCUGGUGUUUGCAGCCCUCGGCUUUGAAGCCUACCAGAUUAUGAACAUACAGAAAGAGCUGAGACAGGUUAAGCCUGAGACGGAGGUUGCUGCACCUCAGAAGCAAAUUGGUUUCUAUGAACCCCAGAUCAGUGGCGAAGAUAAGAAAGACAGAGCUGCAGCACACGUUACAGGACGCAUUGAAGUUAAACACCACCCCGAGACUCUGCGAUGGGAGCCAAAGACAGGCCAGGCGUUCACCUCUGGAGGAGUCGCUUACCGGAUUGAAGACGGGGCUCUGCAGGUCAACGAGUCUGGACUCUACCACAUUUACUCACGAGUGGAGCUGAUCUUCGGGAAAUGCUCCUCCACUUCCUCGUUUGAUCACUCUGUGUUUGUGAGGAGAUCAGGACAGUCCUCCCCUGUGAGGCUGAUGGUGGCCCACAGGAUGGGUUUCUGUCCUCAGCAACGCGCCCAUGCCUUCACCACUGACAGUUUCCUUGGCUCCGUUCAGCAGCUGAAGAAAUACGACAGGGUUUUUGUGAAUGUAUCACACCCGCAGCUUCUUAGUCAAUCACAUUAUGGCACUUUCUUUGGUGUCUACCAGAUCUGAAGAAGUUUGUGUCAGGUUAUGGAGUCAUUUUACUCCAGUAUCAGUCUCAGGGAGGAGUGAAACUUUCUCAUCAUAUAUAUAAUAACUGCACUGGAUAGCAUAACAUGGCAGCUUCUGUGAGGGAAAUAUUGCACAAUUUCUAGAUUGGCAGCUUAAAAUUGAGAAUUGAGAAAGUAUACAUAAGGGUAGUGAAGCAUUUUACACAUGUAUAAACAAAUAUUGUGCCUUUCAUCGAUGAGGAGGAAGUCAGUUAACACUAAGGUGCUGAUUUAGUUGUAGCAUUUUUUAAAAUAUUUAUUUUAGUGUGGAUCUGACGGUUACAAUGUCUAAAUGUGUGCUUAUAAAAGAGAAAAAUUUUAUAUUCUGGUUGUUUUGAAGAGAUAAUUUAAGUGACUUUUACAUGUGUCUAAUGGAAAGAGCAAUGCUAAUAAAUAUUUGUAAUUGAAAUCUGA